ACUGUCAAGUGUGUGUUGUUUUGGAUUUGUGUGUGAAUUUUUCUGGGCAUCUAAGGAGCGAUAAGAAAUCAUCCGGGAGGGCAGAAAUUCGUGGAAUUUGAUAGGAAUUUGUCGGCAAACAUGACGUCAAUGUUUGACCAGUACAACAAGACCCUGAAGCGGGACGAGAGCUCUGUCAAGAGCAGCGCAGUUACGCCCACAUCCAGCGGCUACAUCUCGGUCAGGAUGUCGCAGGAAGCGCCCAUCUUCGGGAAGCUGAAGAUGAACAUCUCCAUGCCGCACGUCAUCAACCACUUGGUAGUCUCCAACGGAUGGUUGAUGCUCGUGAUGGCCAAUAAUGUGGUGUUCCGGAUGCAACUCGUCGACAUCAAUCGAUCGGACGAAGUCGCACUGGAGAAGUACACAGCAGGUCAGGAGAUUUCUAGGGUGUUCCUGGACCCCUUGGGAGCGCAUCUGUUGAUUGCUUUGGUGCCGAAGUCCACACAAUUCGUCCCAGAACUGCUGUAUUUGCACAGAAGCCAGAGCAAACCAAAGAGAAUCGACAAGUUCAGAGAUCAUGAGAUUACCUGUGUUGCCUUCAACUAUGAAAAUGACUCCGAGACGUCCACAGGAGCUAUUUUGCUGGGCACAAGCCGAGGACUCAUCUUCGAAGUGGAAUUGGCAGUGGAAUCUGAUAAAGUUGUCCACAACAAUUGGAAGCAGCUGCCUAAUUAUCUGCCUCUGUAUGGAAGCAGGGAUGAUGAGGGAUUGGUUUUUGAUAUCGGGCGGAAUGAGAACAUCCCAAUCACAGGGAUUGAGUACUUCAGAGUCCCGAAUACCAGUGAAUACAUCGUCCUGGCCACAAGCGUGGAUCGCUUCUACAAAUUCCAGGAGACGAUCAAGUCAGACGACAGACAGCCGCUGCAGUCCAUCUUCAACUCCUACUUGAAUGUUCCGGAGGACAUCCAGGACUUCCACGAGAUCAAGAGUGUGGCCAAGGGGAAGACAACAAAGCUGAGGGUCUGCUAUGACUACAAGAGUCACUUUCCGCGCUCCUUCGGCUGGAUCACGGAGCCCUGCAUCUUCUACGGUGAGAUGGACGCCAAGAGCGACUCUCCGGCCAGGAUGGUACACAACAAGCGGAUUCCCUUCCCAGAGAACGAGAAGAAUGCCCCUGUGGCUUUCGCUUUGACGGAUUUCCACGCCAUUCUCGUGUAUCCGGACCACUUGACGGCGAUCUCGCUGCUGAACUAUCAAGUGGUUUACGAGGAGUUUAUCAGCGAGAAUCUGGGACCGCUGCAGAACGCCGUGAGAGACUAUCGCGAGAACGUGAUUUACGUGUACAGCACGAAGGUGAUCUUUCGCAUUCGCGUGACGAAUGAGGAGCGCAAUGUGUGGCAGAUCUACCUGGAGAAGGGCGAGUUUGACAGGGCGCUGAGGUACGCCAAGGAUAAUCCUGCACAUCUGGACAUUGUCCUGUGCAAGCAGGCCGAGCAGUGCUUCAACCGGAAGGAGUUUAUCGAAAGCGCUAGGCUGUUUGCCGAGACGAAGAGCAGCUUCGAGGGCAUUUGCUUGAAAUUUUUGGAGAUUAACGAGAACGAGGCGCUGAUGAUCUUCCUGCGGAAGCGCCUGGAGGGCUUGAAGGCGCAGGACAAGAGUCAGAUUACGAUGCUGGUAGUGUGGAUGGUGGAGUUGUUCCUCACCGAGAUGGCGAGGCGAGGAGACAGCCAGGAGCAAGUGAGAGUGCUGCAGAGGGACUUUGAUGUCUUCAUGAACACCCCGCGCGUUGUGGAGUGCAUGAAGACCAACCGAUCGGUGAUCUAUGAUCUGAUGGCCUCCCACGGAGAUGCCCACAAUCUGGCCACCUUCACUGCCGUGAACAGGGACUUCGAGAACGUAGUGAAUCAGCACAUUGCUCUGGGGAAGUUCCUAGAAGCCCUGAACGUGCUCAGAGGGCAGAAUCGCCCUGAACUGUUCUACAAAUACGCUCCGAUUCUCAUGGAGAACAUUCCGGCAGAAACUAUUGCCGCCGCCAUGGCGCAGGGAAAGCGUCUGGAUCCGGUGAAGCUCCUGCCGACGCUCAUCGUGUUGGAGAGUGAUGUGCACGUGACGGAGAUCAUUCGCUACUUGGAGUACUGUGUUCACUUGCUUGGCUGCUCAGAGACGGCAAUUCACAACUUCCUCAUCAAGCUGUAUGCGCAGAAUCGCAGCGAGAAGCUGAUGAUCUUCCUCGAGACGCAAGGCAAGGACGUCUCCAUGAUCCACUACGAUGUACAUUACGCUCUACGAGUCUGUCGACAGCACAAUGUGGCCGAGGCAUGCGUCUUUCUGCAGUGCCUGCUAGAGAUGUGGCAUCAGGCAGUCGAGUUGGCGCUCACGGUGAACACGAAACUAGCUCAGCACACAGCCUCCAUGGCUCCGGACAGAGAUCUCCGCCGGAAGCUGUGGCUUCGCAUUGCCGAGCACGAAAUCCGCGGUCGGGAGGAUGUGAAAGAAGCACUGGAACUGCUUCAAGAGUGUGAUUUGCUGCGCAUUGAGGAUCUUCUGCCUUUCUUCUCGGACUUUGAGCGCAUCGAUCACUUCAAGGAGGCAAUUUGCGAUGCCCUGAAGGAAUACAAUCUGAAGAUUCAGGAGCAGAGACGCGACAUGGAUGAAUCCGCGAAGUCUGCGGAGAAAGUUCGCGCCGAACUCCAGUCAUUCCGCAACCGAUCAGUGACCAUCUCAGCCUCUGACCAGUGCACGAUUUGCAGCGCUGCGCUGCUCGUGAGGCCUUUCUUUGUCUUUCCAUGCGGUCACAAGUUCCACGAGGACUGCCUGGAGAAGCACUUGGCUCCGCUGCUGGGCGCUGAGGCGGCGCAGAGACUCUCAGGACUAAAGCUGAGGCUGAGCAUGUUGGGCGCCGGCGAGGGAGAUGCCCAGAACGCCCGGGAGGCUCUAAAAGAGGAGAUUCAGAGCAUCGUGGCGGCGGAUUGUUGCUUCUGUGGCGAGCUGACCAUCGAGACCAUCGACAAGCCCUUCAUCAGCGACUGGGAGCGCGUCCGGAACGACUGGGAGUAAAUAUUGUAUUCUAGCAUUCUGCCUUUCAUGUGAUCUAUAUUAUAUCUAGAGAAAU